GUCACAACUCACAAAUACUAAGUCUGAACUAUUUGAUUUAGUGUUUUCAUAUCGUAAAUAUAGUAUGUGAUUUGAAAUUCGGUUCAUUGAGUAGUCUUCCCGUAAUACAGUCUGGCAUAUGUGUGGGACUUUUCCCCACACCAUAGGGACUCUCAACUCUUGAAAAGAAUUGCGAGCUCUCAUACGAGAUAAUAUAUUGUGUCAAAAUUUAACACGGUUUUAAAUGCUAUACACGAUCGACCUAUCUCACUUUGAAGAAAAGUGGAAGAGAUCUUCUACUAAGGUCUAUGACUUACUUAGAAUUAAGGGGGAUUAAAAGGUUUGGUUGUCUUUCAUUUGGAAGUCAUAUAUCCUCCCCAAAUUCUCCUUCAUGGCUUGUCUUGCAUUUCGAAAUCGGCUGGCUCCAUCGACCGUUGGUUUGCCGGGACAGUGACUUUGGCGAGUGGGGAGAAGAUAACUAGUUGGACGACAUACACCUUGGUGAAACCCGCUAGCGGCCUGUUGCCUCUCGUUUACAACGAAACAAUGUCCCGUUGCAACUCAAUCCAUCUCUUCUCCGAUCUGAAUCCCUCAUCUAUAGUUGUUUGUGAGUCUGGCAAUUUUAAUUCACUCUUCAAGCAAAGCAUAUUUCUUUCAUAUUCCAAUUUUGUCAGCACGGCCAUCUUCAUUUUUGAUAACCCGGAUUUACAUGAGUUUGCGGACUUCCCAUAUCCCGGCGUUGUUAUUAGUCGUAAACAAUCAGCUGGAGUUAUCAAUUACACUAGAAAUAGUAAUGGUGUGCGAGCAGGGCCUUAUGCCAACAUUCAGUUAGAAGAAACGUUACUAGGCACCAAGAGAAAUCCUAUUGCAGCGAGCUACUCCUCCAGAGGUCCUUCCCUAGCUGUCCAUGGGUCUUGAAGCCCGACUUGAUGGCUCCUGGGACCUUAGUCUUAGCAGCCUGGCCUCCAUUUAUUCCUACAUCUUACAUAGUACACCCCAACAAUGUCACUGUACCCUUACAGCAGGACAAGCCCAACUUCAACAUGAUAUCUGGUACGUCCAUGUCAUGCCCUCACUCUUCUGGAGUUGCAGCACUUCUUAUAGGCACACACCCAGAGUGGAGCCCGACCGCCAUUUGAUCAGCCAUGAUCACCACCGCCAACCCUAAUGACAACACCGGUGCCCCUAUAAAGGACUCUACCGACUCUAGCAGUAGUGAUCCCCCUCUGUCAAUGGGAGCGGGCCAAGUUGAUCCAAAUCGCGCACUUGACCUGGGCCUGGUUUAUGAUGCCACCCCACAUGACUGUCGAUCUUUUGUUCUCUAUGCACUUCAAUUCUACCCAAAUUCAAACCAUCACCACAUCAUCCAAAUACAACUGCUCAACUCGCUCUUCUGAUCUCAACUACCCAUCCUUUAUUCUCUUGUACCCAAAAUGUCACUCGAACCUUUCACAGGAUUGUCACAUAUGUUGGGGAUGGCCCAGAAACCUACACCUUGAUGCCAACCAAUUACCUCAGAGUUUCCAUACUACUUUCAACCCUGUUAAACUUUCCUUCAAGAAGUAUGACAAGGAAAACUAUACAUUUACUCUCACCUAUAUAUAAGGGUAGUUCGACCGGAGAAGUUGAUUUCGGUUCAUUCACUUUCGUUGGCGACAACGGUAAGCAUAGUGUGAGGAGUCCGGUAGUUGUGGCGCCUAUGAUCAAUACAUGGUGAUUAAUAUAUCAUCUAUCUGCUAUCGACCUAAUAAUAUUUCGGGAGUAGUCUCUUUUCUCUCUUUUGUAACUCAUACACUACAUUACGUUAAUUACCUACGUCACUAUUACUUUUUUUGACAGAUACGUCACUAAUACUUCGUUUGUUGUUUGUUUACAAAAUUUCUUGUAUGGAUUAUGGCUUAUAAAGUUGUUUUCUUAUUAAAAUUCCUUUGUUUUGGUGUAUGCGUAUUGCCCUUUCAUCUAUAAUAACACAAUUGCUUACAUUAAA